ACAGCAGUUGGCAGAAUAAUACGGAGUGGUCGAAUCGCAGUGAAUUUGCAUCUUUUUUAACUCCAUAUAAAACCACUAGUCAGUAACCAAUUUAAAACAUUAAAUUUAGAUAAAUAUCGAAAUGGGGUCCAUAAAAGUUAUAAGCGACGAAGCACAUUUCCAAACCGAAUUAACUAAUGCAGCAACUAAACUCGUAGUAGCAGAUUUUACUGCAACUUGGUGCGGACCAUGCCAAAGGAUAGGGCCAGUCUUUGAGCAACUUGCGGUAAAGUAUCCAAGGGCGGUAUUUUUAAAAAUCGAUGUGGACCAAUGUCAAGAAACAGCUGCCUCUCAAGGAGUAUCUGCUAUGCCCACUUUUAUUUUUUAUCGUAAUAAGACAAAAGUUGAUCGUUUACAAGGUGCUGAUCCUACUAGUUUAGAAAAUAAAAUUCAGCAAUAUCUGGGUACUGAUGAUACAGAAGAUGGGGAAAGUAUUGGUGGACAUAUGGACUUGUCUCCAUUCAUUUCCAAGGCAGAGUGUGAAUGCCUAAAUGAAAGUGAUGAUCAUCCUUUUACACAUUGCCUAACUUCUGGUGGAGGCUUUUUGCAAUCAGAUUGCGAUGAACAGUUGAUAAUAUCAAUUACUUUCAAUCAAUCGGUGAAAAUACAUAGCUUGCGGAUCAAAGCGCCAUCUGAUAAGGGCCCAAAAACAAUUAGAAUCUUCAUUAACCAGCCAAGAACUCUGGACUUUGAUUUGGCCGAUAGUUACACCAGCAUUCAGGAUUUACAGUUGACUUCAGAAGACGUCGAAGGAAAUCCCGUUAACUUGAGAUAUGUGAAGUUUCAGAACGUGCAAAACAUCCAGUUCUUCAUCAAAGACAAUCUGGGCGGCGGAGAAGUCACCCAAAUUGAUCAUUUAGCGAUUAUCGGUUCGCCCAUCAACACGACCAACAUGGGCGACUUCAAACGAGUGGCUGGAAAAAAGGGGGAGAGCCAUUAAUGUGCGAUUGUCGCAAACAAAAAAUUUUUUUUUAAAUAAAAUUAUAUAAGAUCUAAUACUUAUUUGCAUUUGUCAAAAAAUAAUAAUUAAUAUGCAUUUAAUACAGAUGAAGAUGUUGAUGGAAAGUAUGUUGGUACGGUAAAUCAAAGGUUGCGAGUUCGAAUCCCUCGGUGAAGCGGAAUUUUAAAAGUUUUCAUUUUCAUGCCUUGGUGUUCAGGUAUUUAUACCUGUAAUGCCUAUUUUUUUUUCAUUUGUAGGCGCUAGUAGUAGUCUCACGUCAAAUCAAAGAUCCUCCGUACAAUAAAACUGCUGCUAACGAAUUAUCAAUAGCCUACACUUAAUUUCUGAAAUAUGCAGUAAUGAUCGUCAUGUCUCUUAUUGACCUAUGAUCGUUGACGUUUGACAAACUUAUGACGUAUUAUCAUAUGUAUAUUCUUGCCAUAUGAUCGUUGACGUUUGACAGACGCCUAGUCCAACAUUUUCGCUACUUCCAAAGGUUUUCUUUUUUGUAUUUCUUGUUUUAAUGAUAAAAAAAUGUUUGUUAAAAUUUUUAUACAA